AACAGAGGAAGUGUUCACGAAUCACUUCCGGUGGUGUUCACGGUCACAGUCAGUCCGACAUGGCGGCUCACAUGUCAAGCUUGAGGUGCUGGAGCCGCGUCCAGAGGUUUGGUGCUGCUGCUUGUAGGCAGUACAGCAGUAGCAGUGGAUACCCCAAUGUCUCUCUGUCCUCACCCCUACCCGGCAUUCCCAAACCUGUGUUUGCUUCAGUGGACGGCCAGGAGAAACACGAGACUAGAAUCACCACUUUAGAGAAUGGCCUUCGAGUAACAUCCCAAAACAAAUUUGGCCAGUUCUGCACGGUUGGAAUUCUGGUCAAUUCUGGUUCACGCCAUGAAGCCAAGUAUCCAAGUGGGAUUGCACACUUUUUAGAGAAGCUUGCUUUUUCUUCUACAUCCCAGUAUGGAAGUAAAGAUGAAAUUCUCCUGUCUUUGGAAAAACACGGAGGGAUAUGCGACUGCCAGACAUCCAGGGACACAACAAUGUACGCAGUCUCUGCUGAAGUUAAGGGUCUGGAUACUGUAGUUAGCCUGCUGUCAGAUGCAGUUCUGCAGCCACGUUUGUUAGACGAAGAGCUUGAAAUGACCCGCAUGACUGUGAGAUUUGAGUUGGAGGAUCUGAAUAUGAGACCUGAUCCUGAGCCUCUGUUGACUGAAAUGAUUCAUGCUGCAGCAUAUAGAGGGAACACAGUAGGCCUGCCUCGUUUCUGCCCGGUGCAGAAUGUGGACAAGAUUGACCGGAAGCUGCUUCACACAUACUUAAGGAGCUACUACUGCCCAGAGCGUAUGGUGCUGGCUGGAGUCGGCAUCGAGCACGAGCAGCUGGUGGAGUGUGCCAGGAAAUACCUUUUAAAUGUCAAGCCAGUGUGGGGUGUGGGCACACCUGACAAAGUGGACCGGUCUGUGGCCCAGUACACUGGAGGCAUUAUAAAAAUGGAGAAGGAUAUGUCUGAUGUAAGCUUAGGACCCACACCCAUCCCUGAGCUCACUCACAUCAUGAUUGGUUUAGAGAGCUGCUCCUUCCUGGAGGAUGACUUCAUUCCUUUUGCUGUCCUUAACAUGAUGAUGGGAGGAGGAGGGUCCUUCUCAGCAGGUGGUCCAGGAAAAGGCAUGUUCACGAGGCUCUAUCUGAACGUUCUCAAUAGACAUCACUGGAUGUACAAUGCUACUUCAUACCAUCACAGCUAUGAGGAUAGUGGCCUACUCUGCAUUCAUGCCAGUGCAGACCCACGACAGGUGCGGGAAAUGGUUGAGAUAAUCACAAGAGAGUUUAUCCAGAUGGCUGGGACAGCAGGAGAGAUGGAACUGGAAAGAGCGAAGACUCAGCUGAAGUCCAUGCUGAUGAUGAACUUGGAGUCCAGGCCUGUUAUCUUUGAGGACGUGGGUCGGCAGGUUCUGGCCACAGGCAAAAGAAAGCUGCCCCAUGAGCUCUGUCAACUUAUCAGUAACGUAACAGCCAGCGACAUCAAAAGAGUAACCACCAAGAUGCUGCGUAGUAAGCCAGCUGUAGCUGCACUGGGAGACCUGACCGAGCUGCCCUCUUACGAGCACAUCCAGGCCGCACUCUCCAGCAAAGAUGGUCGUCUGCCUCGCAUGUACCGGCUCUUCCGGUAGGACGUCCGAUGUCUCUUGGCGUCGCUUAUGCGGUUACGUACAGCAAGGACUGACCUACAGUAUGACUGCGCCACUGACACUGGUGUGUAGGGGAGUAGUGUGUCAGUGGGCUCUGGAGUUGCAGUCGUGUGUCUGCUGUAUAGAGUUUAGUAUGGUGACCUUAAUGCUAUUCUUUAUCUGUGGGGAGUGAAUGUCUUGAAUAGUCAAGGCACUAGAAAGAAAACUAUUUUUUUCCCCCUGAAAGGACUCGUCUUGCGUCCAAAUUUAUCAGUGAAACAAGCAGUUUUUUAGUAUCAUGUUCCAUUAGCUGCUGUCCAAUUAAAAACAAGUAUAUUUAAAACAACUAAUUUACAGGAGAGAGAGAAAAUUCUAAACUUUCAAUGGGAGGCAAUGUAAUAAGAGUUUAUUUAAGUCAUUUUUAAAGUAAACUAAAAAUUUACAAAAAUAGAGAAACUUGUUUUUCCAUUGGACAGCAACGAUAUAAGCCUGUAACAAUAUAUACUGAAAGGCCUGGAUACACCAUAAUCCAAUAGGUUAGUCCAGUGUACUGCAUACCUUUUAAUACUCUAGAUAUCAGUCCAUUCUUGUACUUUAAAGGGCAAUUCCACCAUUUUUCCGAUUUUGAACUUGACUUAAGCCUCAUCUAAAUAUUUAAUCUAAAAGCUUUCUAUGAGGUAGUUUAAUCUAUGUUUAAUCUACGGUAAAAGUAGUUUAAAUAUAAUUUUCUCACCAUGUCUGAUGUAUAUUUUAGGCUCUUUUUUAAUGCACUCUAUAUUUGUCCAAACAGUUCAUGCUCCUAAACUGAUGCACAUGCACAAAAGAGCAAUGCUUCACGAGAAGUUUGGGUUUCAUCUUCUUCAGCAUCACAGGAGAGAGUUCCAGUGGCUGCAGCUGGGCUCAUAUUGCCGCUGUCCAAUGAAAAACAAGUAUCUCCAAAACAGCAACUUUACAGGAGACAGAAAAAAAACUUUGUAAACUUUCUAUGGAAUUCAAUAUAAAAAGAGUUUAUUUCAGGUCAUUUUGAAGUAUUUCUAUUGGCCUGUUCAUCAAGAAGUAUUGGCACGGUAUAAGGGGCAGUUUGUCUGUUCAAAUAAUGUAGUAAACUAAAAAUCGACAAAAAUGGAGACAGCGACGAUAUGUUUGUGUUCACUGUAAAAAGGGCCACAGCCACUUCUUUGGUGUGUUUAAACUUUCCUCUGCUUUCAGACCUGGAUGUAGUUCAGAAGUUCAGACGAUACAUGAUCUAAUUUUGUGUAAACCAAACUUUCAUACCAAAUAACAAUCUAUGUCAGAGCUGUUUUUUUUGCCUAUUCCUUGAGUUUCCUUAAAGUAAAAAAAAAAAAAACUGAUCAAUGUGCCACACAAAAAUAACGUGUCACUUCUGACUUCUAACUGUAAAUUUCUCUAGAAUAAAAUAUUUCUUAUUUAAAAUUAUGCCAACUGUCUUUGUUUACAUUUGAUGGUAACUAAAAUUUAGUUCAGUGGAGGAGUGGGAAGAAUGCAGAAUUUUGUUUUUUGCUUAUGCAUAUUCAUGACAUGCAAAAAAAAAAAGUCUCGUCUCUGAUUGGCUGAGCACACUGUGACGCUCCCUUCAUGGCUCUGCAGUGGGCGGUCGCAAGCCAAGGUGUGGCAGGCGGUAAAUCGUAAAUAGAGUUUGACAUCACUUGUUUUCUGUCUGUUUUCUGUUAUUGGCUAUUGCAAAGAAUGGGGCAUAGAAGAACAGUUUCACAUGCAGCAGCAUAUACAACUCAGCGUCACCUAAAAAAAAUGUUUAGCUGAGGCAAUUUCUUCUAAUACAUUUACCUAAAACAUUUACUUAAAAUUUUGGGUGAAACAUUUAUGGAUUGGUGUAUCCAGGCCUCAAAGCUGUAAAGGAUUAUACGUUUCUCCUUUUCUUUUUUUUUCUUUUUUUUUAAUAAAUUAUCACAUAAAACUUUCUCUGAAAAAAAUGAAAAAAGGAAAAACUCAGGUAUUAAAAUGUGACCAUGCUGAAAUCUGGUGGGAGAAUAAACAUAUGAAAAAGAUGAAGUUGCUUUUUCAAACAAGGCCCUAAUAAUAAAACUAUUAACUCAUUACUUAACAUUAAUAUUAUUAUUGUUAUAUAUUUUGUUGCCCAAAUAUUUUGAUCUGAACAGACCUUAAUAGCCUUGGACAAAGUUUGUGUGUUUUAGCCAUGUACUGAAUAGACCUUACAUUUCUUUAUUCUGCUGGACGAUUGUAUAAACGAAUUAUAGUAUUAAAGCACCUAAAGUAUAAAGAGCAUCGAACCCACAAACUUCUAUAUUUAGACCUUUUUAUAAAGCUGUUUCCCAGUUUUGAGCAUUUCUUGUCUUCUUAAACCCUUGCACCUUUAAAAGCUAUAUAACGCACAGCAACUUGGACUGAAGUUUAGUACAGUUUCUAUUAAGGUGCCAUCUAAAUGUACAAUGUACUUAUUGUACAUUAACACUCUGGUUUUGUGUCUGACUAUAUAUAUAUAUAUAUAUAUAUAUAUAUAUAUAUAUAUAAACGCAUACAGUGGGGCAAAAAAAGUUAGUUUAGUCAGCCACUGAUUGUGCAAGUUCUCCUACUUAGAAAGAUGAGAGGUCUGUAGUUUUCAAAAUAGGGACACUAUAACAAUGAGAGACAAUAGCAGAAAUAAAAAUCCAGGAAAUUACACUGUAGGAUUUUUAAAGAAUGUAUUUGUAAUUUAUGGUUGAAAAUAAGUAUUUGGUGCACAAACAAGCAAGAUUUCUGGCUGUCACAGACCUGUAACUUCUUUUUAAAGAAGCUUAUCUGUCCUCCACUUGUUACCUGUAUUAAUGGCCUGUUUGACCUCAUUAUCUCAAACUGUCAGACUCUAAACUCAACAGUGGCCAACUUUAAAAGAAAAAUGGAAGACAUACUAGACCAUUAAUAGUCUCCUUCUAUCUCAUGCCGUGGGGUUUAAAUGAUCAUGAGAACAGUGAGCAAAAAUUCCAGAACUACACAAAAGGAUGUCUGCAGUGCCAGACGUGUCCCCCUGCUGAAGCCAGUACAUGUCCAGGCCCGUCUAAAGUUCACCAGAGAGCAUAUGCAUGAUCCAGAAGAAGAUUGGGAAAAUACAAUACAAUGUGGUCAGAUGGAAGUAAAAACUUAACUUGACAUGUUUGGAGGAAGAAGAAUGCUGAGUUUCAUCCCAAGAACACCAUAUCUACUGUGAAGCAUGGGGGUGGAAACAUCAUGCUUUGGGGCAGUUUUUCGGCAAAGGGGACAGGACAACUGAUCUGUGUUAAGGGAAGAAUGAACAGGGCCAUGUAUCGUGAGAUGUUAAGCCAAAUACUCCUACCAUCAGUGAGAGCAUUGAAAAUGGAACAUGGCUGGGUAAUCCGGCAUGACGAUGAUCCCAAACACACGGCUAGGUCAACGAAGUAGUGGCUCCUGGAGUGGCCUAGCCAGUCUUCAGAACUCAACCCCAUAAAAAAAAUUGUGGAUUGAGUUGAAAGUCUGUUGCCCAGCAACAGCCCCAAACCAUCAUUGCUCUAGAGGACAUCUACAUGGAAGAAUGGGCCAAAAUACCAGCUUCAGCUGUUUGCAAACCUGGUGAAGGUUUACAGGAAAUGUUUGACCUCUGUCAUUGCCAACAAAGGUUAUGUUACAAAAUAUUGAGUGGAACUUUUGUUAUUGACCAAAUACUUAUUUUCCACCAUAUUUUACAAAGUGACAUAAAUAAAGUGUACCUAUGACGACAAUUACAGACCUUGCACAGGUAGCUGACUAAAUACGUUUUUGCCUCACACCCAUAUUAUAAUGACCAAUGAGCCAAAACAUCUUUAUAAGCAUAUGUGUAAUAGGUGGUGAAUAUCUACUGUAGAUUGUACUUCCUGUGACUUGUUACUUGUUCCAUUCAUAACAAGUACAUGCACUGCUGUGUUUUUCGGUACCUGCUUGCUCAUGGUUCUAAACGAGCAGAAUAGGGACUAAAAAGUGACAAGUUAAUCUUGUACAGCCUUGACUGGUCAGAGAGAAAAGUCACAGACUAAGAAUCACAAACUCCAUCAUAGCUAUGGCUGACUGUGUGUAGACUGCAGGCAAUUUAGAUUUUAUUCUCAAAUCAGUAAUUGUUUGUGGGAAUGUACCAAGUACCAGAGAGCAAAUAGUUGACUUGGGUAGGUACUAGGGCUGGGUGAUAUUGUUAAAAUAAAUAUUAAUAUUCUUCAAAUAUUUGAGCGAUGCUCAAUUACCAUUUACAAUUUUCAGUUCUUACAUAACGUUAUGUUUUUACAUUUAAUUUUUUUUUUUUUUAUGAAUAGUAGUCAGACCCCUUACAUGCAGCUUUUAUAUUAAACUUUUAUAUGGUGCAAGCAUAACCUUCUUAUAUUUCAGUUAAGAAAAAGUGUAAAAUAUGAAACGUUUUUUACAGGUUUCUGACCGAAGCAAAGGUUUCUGGCAGCUUCUAUAAAAUGUAAAAAUGUACAAAAUCUCAAUUAUCCCAUUUCGAGGAUUGCAUUAAAACAGUAAUUUGACUAUUCAAAUUCAUUCUCUUAACCUCCCAGCCCUAGUAGGUAUCAUGAAGUGGAAAGCACCAUUGGUAAAUAAUUGGGUUAUCCGAUGAGUAACAAUGUUUUGGCUCACUGGUGUAAAUGUUGACCAUAUUUUUAGAGCACUGCACAUCUAUUCAUUGUUUUUGUCAUUCUUGUUGUCACAUCAGUGUGUACAUCUUGGAUUACUUAUGUAUUCAGCAGGAAUAUUAUACCCUCACAUACUGGAAAUGAGUUUAGCUAGCAAUGUUUUACAGUAUCUGUCAUCUUCUCUGAGGUCCUUCUUAAUGUAUAGUGACUUUCUGUGUAUGUUUUUGUUCAUAAAUGAUGUUUACAUACAUUUAA